AAAAGUAGUGCGCUAUGUAGGGAAAUGGGUGUCAUUUAGGACAGACACACUGUGUAGGCCCAUGACACUAUCUACUGUCUGACCUCAUGGUUGACCUCUCUGCAUCCAGGCCACCUUGGUACAUUAGGUUAGCAUGUGGACAGGCUGCGAUUUUACAGGUGAAUUUGGAAGCAGACACUUACAGUAUGUCGAGUUACUUUUGUAGUUCCCUUUUCUUUGCACGAAGGGAAAUGAAUGCAGAAGUACUGCAUGUGUGAAAAAGUAAGAGAGGAGAGAUACAGAUGGACUGAAAGAAAGCGGAACGGACUGAGUAGCGGCGUAGAAGUUGAUCGAUGCAGAAAAUACAUUUGGUUUGCCAAAGAACCCCAGCUAUCUUAAGGACCCAGUUUUAACAAGAUCAGCCACUGAGACAAAGCUUCCUGGUGUUGAGGGACUCUGCCUCCCAGCCCGUCCUGUUGUGUGUCCACUGGAGGAGAGAGUGGAUAUAUCAGAGACAACCCCAUAUAGGCAGGACACACACACACAUUUUAUCAGCCAUCUCAGUCAUAUUUAGGCUUCUCUGAUCCGGCUCAGUUAGUGGUCUUCUACUCGCUGAGCAGAGUCCUGGCUGUGUCUCACCUCUGACCUCCAGCCUGAUCACAUGACUCAGAGGGCUCCUGGUACUGCCAUGUGCACCAUACAGCUGACAGCAGCCAAUGGUGCUCUGUCCAUCAUCAACCCACUGUAUCUCCAUGAGCAUGGCGAUGACUGGCUGACACAUCAACCAACCAGCCCACAGCGAGUUAAUCGGCCAUCUAAUUAUAGUACCAUACCAUGGCCAGGGGCGGAUCUUCUUACUAAGAGAGCUAUCUCAUUGGAGCAGGAGCCCUGCAGUCCUAAUAAUCCAGGGUCUCCUGUAGUCCAGGCUGCCCCGUCUCCCCCCACCCCUAAAGAGGGGGUGGUUUUGAGGAGCCUCAGUAGGGAUUCUUCCAUUGAGUCACUCCACAGAACAGGGAGCCAGGACCGCACUACCAUGCACCCCUCAGACCCCAAGCCCCUGUUCAGCCCUGCCCCUCAGUCGCCUCAGAGGGUGUCCUGGAUUGAGGACAAUGUAUGGUUUUCCCAACCACCAUCCCUCUCCCUCCUCCACCCACCCUCCCCGGAGCUAGACUCGCUGUCAAUCAACAGCGUCGAGGAGGAGCCGGAGUCGGUCACUAAUCCCUCCCAUGCCCCCCACCCCUCGCAUCGGUUGGCCGACAAGGUGAUGCACCGCCUCUCGGUUGUGGGCCUCGCCAUUGGUGGGCUGGGGCGUUCACAGAAGAGGCUGACCAAGCGGGUGCAGGAGCUCAGCAAGCGGAGGGACGGAGUGUUUGCCGAGGCAGUGAUGGGAUUCGUUGAGAUGACCCUGGGGGCUGGGUUUAUCCCUGACAUGACAGGUGCGGACCUGCUUCAGGAGGUGCGUACGGCUCUCACUGCCCUGAGAGAGACACUGCUGGACUGUCCUGAGAUACACAUCUUCAUAGACAGUAUGGCCGACACAACAGACUGGGAGCUGGAUGCCAUACUGGAGCGCUCCCUACAUAAGGUGGCCCUAAAGCCUGUGAACACCCACCUGUACACCUGCCUCCAGAGCUGUCGGGACCACGACGGUAGCCUGCGGAAGCUGAGGGAGAACCAGCGGCUCCUGGAGGGCCGGGGGGUGGAGGAGCUGGAAGGGACGCCUGGGGCGGGGGUCCCUGACCCUGUCACCCUGGAGAAGAUCCAGCAGAGGUGGUCAGCCAUGCACCAGUCCUACUCCCCCAGCAGGAAGGUCCAUAUCCUGCUCAAGGUCUGCAAGACCAUCUACCACAGCAUGACGGCCAAUGCCAACCCAGGUGGGUGGUGCAGGGUACACCUCCUCAGCCUCGGUGUGGUGUAUGGGGCUGAUGACUUCUUGCCCUGUCUGACCUGGGUGCUUCUGCGUGGUGAUGUGGUCACUCUGCAGCUGGACACUGACUACAUGAUGGAGCUACUGGACCCCACACAGCUGCAGGGAGAGGGAGGUUACUACUUGACGUCCCUGUACGCCUCUCUCUUCUACAUCAGCAGCUUCCGCCCUCGUCUCGCCACGCGCCAGCUCAGCACCGAGGCCCAACAAUCCCUGAGCCAAUGGCAACGCAGGCGCACACUGCACUGUAACCAAUCACGACGCAGCACGAAUCGGAGGACCCUCCGGAGACCUGGGCACGGCGAGAAGGGCAAGGAAUACUCCAGUGAUGCAGAGCCGGAAACUGGCACAGGAAGUGUAACUGAUGACCCACCGGCGCCCUCUAGUGUUCUGGCAAAGGCACUGCACAUAAUCUCAGAGGUUGUGGUAGCGGUGAGGGAGGAGGAGGGCAGCAGAACGGAGGGCCAAGGAUCCCCAGCUGUACAACUCCAGGCCUCACCUCAGAAGGGGAGACAGGACUCAGGUUAGUCUCCGCAGCGUCCAUGAGGCACUCCAUAGAUGCUACCCUCCACAGCAUGGCCUUCGCUCCAGAUCAAAACUCCAAACCUACAACCUAAUUAUGGCCAAAAUUAACCGGAUAGAUUACUGCUACCAAGGUUUCCUGUUUCCAAGCUAUACAGAGGGUGCUCUAGCAAACAAACAGCAGAGACCUGAGGACACCAUCCAACCUGGAACUGAGUGAGUAGUGUUUGGUCUGAUGCUAUUUUGAAAACCAAGAAGAAAAAGAAAGUACAUUACAGUGAUAUAUUUUAUUUUAUGGGUACUGAUAGCUGAGUUAAGGCUCCCAGGCUUGCUAGGACAGACCAGAUACAAAUUCAAUUAGCACUAAGGUGUGAAGGCAAAGGUGUCGAGGCCUUUGGGCCCAACAAGUUGCAGGAGUCUUUGAAGCAUCCUCUGAAGCCACCUCCUGCUGUUCAGAGACCAGAGAGACCACUGGGAUUUACGUCCUGCUGUUCAGAGACCAGUGAGACCACUGGGAUUUACCUCCUGCUGUUCAGAGACCAGUGAGACCACUGGGAUUUUCUACAAGAAAUCUGCCUCCAGAAAUAAAAGUUUCUCCCAAGUGGGUGUGACACCUAUUCCUGUUGCCUGCUGCACUGCUGCUUGGAUUCCACCUGGAGAUCUGUUCACCGUCUUCCCUGGCCUGUCUCCCCCUGUCUGGUACAGGUACCCCCACCACACUCCCCCCUCUCUCCCGAGCUUUCGCUCACCUCCAGCACUCAGUUGGGGCGAGUGGCUCUGAACUUACAAUGGCUAGCCCCAAGUCGUUAUAUAUUCUAUUAUUUUCUUGUCCAUUUUGCUCUUUUGCUUUUUGACUCAUGACUCCUGCAUACUUUGUUGACUACAAACUUUCUUUACCCAACCGUGGGACAGACUGUUUGUUCCCAGACUCGGGACUCUGACUCUCUAUUGGUUACACAGACUUUUGGCCUUCCAUCCUAUUCUAGCCACCUCUCGCCGGCUUUGUAUUCAUGUUACCUGAUGAAAUUGCUGUAUAAUAUGAUCUUGUUGCCAUCUAAUGUGCAUUCAGAUGUCAUAAAUCAGCACUGCAGAGCUCUCUCUGUCCUCUGCCGUGCCUUGAUUGUAUUACUGUUGAUAUCUGGAAAUAUGCAUGUACACCCUGGCCCAUCUACUGUUUCAGGCCCCAAUUCUGAUUUGUGCUCCGAUAUCUGUUUCACGGAUUUCUGCUCUCGUAAAAGCCUGGGUUUUCUGCACGUUAACUCUAGAAGCUUAUUACCUAAAAUGAAAGUGUGGGUUCACAGCUCCAAUCCAGAUGUGUUGGUCAUUACUGAGACGGGGUUAAGGAAGAGUGUUUUGAAUACUGAAUACUAACCUUUCUGGUUAUAACCUUUUCGGCAGAUCUUCCAAAGGUGGGGGAGUGGCAAUCUUUACAGAGAAUCACCUUCAGUGCUUGGUGGUCUCCACCACGUCUGUCCCGAAACGAUUUGAUUUGCUGGUUUUAAGCAUUAAACUUUAAACACCCAGAAAAGGCUACUCUCCUCGAUGUUAUCCUCACAAAUAAUCCUGAUAGGUAUCAGUCUGGUGUUUUCUGUAAUGACCUGAGUGAUCACUGUUUUACAGCCUGUGUUCGUAAUGGCUGCUCAGUGAAACGACCUGUCCUGAUUUGUCAUAGACGCUUGCUAAAAAUCUUUAAUGAGCAAGACUUCCUUCAUGAACUGGCCUCUGUAAAAUGGUAUAGAAUCAGCUCUGUCGAAGAUGCUUGGACCUUCUUUUUUGAUAACAAACACGCCCCCGUAAAGAAAAUGGAAAUUAAAAACAGGUUCAGCCACUGGUUCGACCGUGAUCUGGCAGAGUUACUCCACCUCAAGAAUUGGCAUUUGGCACACGCUUACUCAGGCUGACUGGCUCUCGUUCAGGCAAAUGACAAAUAAGUGUACUUGGGCUACCCGGAAUGCCAAAGUUAGUUACUUUAAGGAGCAGUUCUCUCUCUGUGGGUCUAACCCCAAGAAGAUCUGGAAAACUGUUAAAGACCUGGAGAAUAAAUCAUUCUCCUCCACAGCUGCCCAUGUCCCUUAAUGUUGAUGAUGUGGUUGUUACUGACAAGAAGCACAUGGUUGAGCUCUUAAAUCACCACUUAAUUAAGUCAGGAUUCCUAUUUGACUCAGCCAUGCCUCCUUGCCCGUCCAACAUUUCCUCAUCUCCCACACCUUCUAAUGCGAUUAUCCUUGAUUCUCCUCUUCUCCCUCUUUUUCCCCUGCCCCGCCACAUAGUUUCUCCCUGCAGGCAGUCACUGAGUCUGAGGUGCUAAAGGAGCUCCUGAAACUUGACCCCAAAAAACAUCUGGGUCAGAUGGUUUAGACCCUUUCUUCUUUAAGGUUGCUGCCCAUAUCAUCUCCAAGCCUAUCUCUAACCUUUUUAACCUGUCUCUCCUUUCUGGGGAGGUUCCCAUUGCUUGGAAGGCAGCCACGGUGUGCCCUUUAUUUAAAGGUGGAGAUCAAGCUGAUCCUAACUGUUAUAGGCCUAUUUCUAUUUUGCCCUGUUUAUCAAAAGUGUCGGAAAAACUUGUCAAUAGUCAACUAACUGGCUUUCUUGACGUCCAUAGUAUUCUCUCAGGUGUGCAAUCUGGUUUCCGCUCAGGUUAUGGAUGUGUCACUGCAACCUUAAAGGUCCUCAAUGAUGUCACCAUUGCUCUUGAUUCUAAGCAAUAUUGUGCAGCUAUUUUUAUUGACUUGGCCAAAGCUUUUGAGACGGUAGACCAUUCCAUUCUUGUGGGCCGGCUAAGGAGUAUUGGUGUCUCUGAGGGGUCUUUGGGCUGGUUUGCUAACUACCUCUCACAAAGAGUGCAGUGUAUAAAGUCAGAAAAUCUGCUGUCUCAGCCACUGCCUGUCACCAAGGGAGUACCCCAAGUCUCGAUCCUAGGUCACACACUCUUAUCAAUUUACAUCAAUAACAUUGCUCAGGCAGUAGGAAGCUCUCUCAUCCAUUUAUAUGCAGAUGAUACAGUCUUAUACUCAGCUGGCCCUUCCCCGGAUUUUGUGUUAAAUGCUCUACAACAAAGCUUUCUUAGUGUCCAACAAGCUUUCUCUACCCUUAACCUUGUUCUGAACACCUCCAAAACAAAGGCCAUGUGGUUUGGUAAGAAGAAUGCCCCUCUUCCCACAGGUGUUAUUACUACCUCUGAGGGUUUAGAGCUUGAGGUAGUCUGGACAAGUACUUGGGAGUAUGGCUAGAUGGUACACUGUCCUUCUCUCAGCACAUAUCAAAGCUGCAGGCUAAAGUUAAAUCUAGACUUGGUUUCCUCUAUCGUAAUCGGUCCUCUUUCACCUCAGUUGCCAAACUUACCCCGAUUCAGAUGACCAUCCUACCCAUGCUAGAUUACGGAGAUGUAAUUUAUAGAUAGGCAGGUGAGGGUGCUCUCGAGGGGCUAGAUGUUCUUUACCAUUCGGCCAUCAGAUUUGCCACCAAUGCUCCUUAUAUCAUCACUGCACUCUAUAAUCCUCUGUAAACUGGUCAUCUCUGUAUACCUGUCGCAAGUCCCACUGGUUGAUGCUUAUUUAUAAAACCCUCUUAGGCCUCACUCCCCACUAUCUGAGAUAUCUACUGCAGCCCUCAUCCUCCACAUACAACACCCGUUCUGCCAGUCACAUUCUGUUAAAGGUCCCCAAAGCACACACAUCCCUGGGUCGCUCGUCUUUUCAGUUCGCUGCAGCUAGCGACUGGCACGAGCUCAAACUGGACAGUUUUAUCUCAAUCUCGUCAUUCAAAGACUCCAUCAUGGACACUCUUACUGACAGUUGUGGCUGCUUUGCAUGAUGUAUUAUUGUCUCUACCUUCUUGCCCUUUGUGCUGUUGUUUGUGCCCAAUAAUGUUUGUACCAUGUUUUGUUCUGCUACCAUGUUGUGGUGCUACCAUGUUCUUGUUAUGUUGCUACCAUCUUGUGGUGCUUCCAUGUUGUGUUGCUACCAUGCUGUGUUGUCAUGUGUUGCUGCCAUGCUUUGUUGUCUUUAGGUCUCUCUUUAUGUAGUGUUGUCUCACUUGUUGUGAUGUGUAUUUUGUCCAAUAUUUAUAUUUUAUUUAUUUGUAUUAUUUUUCAUCCCAGGCCCCCGUCCCCGCAGGAGGCCUUUUGGUAGGCCGUCAUUGUAAAUAAGAAUUUGUUCUUAACUGACUUGCCUAUUUAAAUAAAGGUUCAAUUCUAAUUAAAAUUCAAAUUGGGGCACGGCAUGGAGGUUUUCAGCAGGCUGGCUCCAUGGUUAGAACACAGUUGAUGUGUUUUCCAUGCUGACCACUAGGUUGCAGUACCACACCACAUCUGUCUGUUUCCUCUGGGUUGCAAUAGUUAAGCAUAACAGUGGAGCUCGUUAGUGAAUAAGGAGUUUGAGAAAGGGAGAGAAAUGUGUUGGGAAUGCCUGAAUUAACAGCUAUCAAGAAAUAACUGUUGAUCCGAUUGUAUUAUGUUGUGUGUAAUAUGUCCUCUGUUUUUAACUUCAUUCUGUUAUUAUUAUAAUCAACAUUAUUUGUCAUGCUUUAGGAUGGUGGAAUGUGAAAUUACGUUUGCAUACAGUAAAAACAGCAUUCUAGA